AUGGACAGGUCUAAUAAUAGUACAGUACACGUUAAAAAAAUUAAUACCGGAAGGGACAAUCUUAUUUCCCACUUGGUUCAUUUCCCUUUUUUGGAUAUUAUCAACAGUCUCAGUUUUCUCGAAGACAAAAGUCAGUGUAAACGUAACUUUCUUCGAGGAAUAAAAAACCGGUAUGAACGUUCCUUGAGGACAAUAUCACUUCUGUUUUUACUAGUUUGGGUAAUAAAAUUGGAACUAAUUGAAAUCCUCUGGGUGAAAGGAAAAAAAAAAAAACUCGAAAAAUUAAUUAUAGUAGCAUGGCCUCUGCGGGCCCCUCUGUGGAACUAUUUUUUACCGGGGUUCACAACAGAAAUACGUCAUUUUUUCUCGGUGGGUGCUGCAUUAAUAUUAGCAGCACCCAGCCACCACAGUCACCAGCUUAACAGCCACAUUCUUUCUCCGAGGAAAUAUCCCUCCCUUUCCCUGUCUCCCUUGAUCCCUGCAUAUUUCUUUGUCCUUAUGUAA